AUGUCCUCCAGGCGCAGAUCAUCUUACAUAGAAACGUCUUAUACUGGUGUUGGUGCCUUCAGUUCAGCACCUGCACCUCAUGCAAAUGCCUUGGCAGCUGCAUCGGUGAUUGGCAAUGCAUUGAAGGCGAAUAACCACAAGCCAAAUGGAAUCGAGGUACCGCCUUUGCAAGGUCCAAGGGCUCCCAGAAAACUGUCAAUAGUCACGUCCAAUUCAAACCGGAGAAAUAGUGUUCGACACUCUUCAAUAAACAAUUAUCCGUCGUCAAGAACUAAUUCCGUAAAUACCGCUAAUGUCCGUCGUGCAAGUUUAUAUAACAUCCCAAAACAGCGGUUAAACGGACAAAAGAGUGUUCCAAACUUAAAAUCACGGAGAUCUGUUUCUGACUUUACUUCUUCUGCAAAGAAGCACGUUCCAACAACCAUUAAAAAGUAUGUUCCCUCUGCAAAUGGUUUAGUAGCGGUUGAAGUUCCAAACCCAAAGCACCCCGAUAAUAUGAAUACUCAACAAAAACAACAGUACAUUAAUUCUCAACGUGGAAGCUCCUUUAGAAGGUCAACUUCAAUGGCACAUUUGCCACCACCUAAAAAAUCGACUAUGGCAAAUAACCAUGCCAGAAAUUCGAUAACCAAACAUAUAACUGAAGAAACAAAAAUUUUACCAGAUGGUACUAGAGUCAUUAGCACCACCGUGGAAGAGUAUCUGAACGAUAACAAUGAUUUGAAUUAUGAAGAUUUUGAAGAUUCUUAUGAAGAUUUCGGGGAUAACCAUGGAGAAGUCGAUAUGUCAGUGACCUUAGAUGAAGAUGCCAACGAUGCACCAGAAAUGACUAACCUUUCUACUCGUGAGAUUUUGGGUAAAGUCGAUGAAGCAGAAGAAGCUAAAGAUAUAGUUGAAGACAUUGAUGAAAAUGAUGGCAAUUUUGAGAAAGAAGCUAAUACUGAUGGAUUAGUUCAAGAUAUCCCUUAUAGAUCAGCGACUACUGCUGAUCUUGUUGAUCAGCUGGCAUCUGAAGAAGAUCUUGAAGAAAAGACUAAAAAGAUUAUCAGCAAUAAUGAAAAGCUUGAGGAAAUCGAACGUUCAAAUGCUUUCAAGUCCAUUGAGAAUCCGGUAAGAGAUACUGUUAUUGUAGAGGAGGUUAUCAGCCGUCCACUUGUUGAUAACGUGAUGACGUUUGGCUGUCACCAAAUUCAUCUGCAGGGCAACAAAUUAAGUCCAGGCUUGCACAAUGAAAGUACCCCUUCCACGUCGACACCACAUUCAUAUAAAGGUGAACAACAGCUAACAAUAGCUGACGAGCCUGUUGAUAGAGUGAUUGGAAAUAAUGUUGAAACACUUACCGAUGUUCAUGAUGCUGAGGCACAUAAACCUAAUGCUACUGAAAUGGAAGCGACUCAAUCGGAAAUUUCCACAAAGAACAAAACUACAGGUUUGGACGAAAAUGCUGAAGAAUCAGAUUUCAUCGAUGAUAUAAACGUAGAGGAUGAUAGUGUUGGGAACUAUCAAAGUCCGAAUUACGCCAGUACUCAAUAUAAUGAUGAAGAAUAUUUAGAAGCACAAAGAAAGUUAGAUGAACUGGUUAAACAAAAAGAGCAAGAAAUUUUACAAAACCUGUCUCAAAAUGGCUAUCCCGUGGACUGGAAUGCUGAAAAUAAGGUAGAACAAGAGUACACUAACCGUAGCGAUGAAGACAUUAAUGACGACACUGUUGAAGCUCACGCUGACUCAAAUUCCGACAAACACCCUGUUGUCGAAAUUACGGAAAAAGAAAAUACUCCAACUGUGGCAACGACUGUUAGUUUAUUGGAUGAUGACGCUGGUAAACUUGUUAAUGACGAAGAUAACGAAUUGAUACAAAACGAUGGUAGAUCUUCAAAUGGCAGUGAGAAAGGUGGAGUAGAAAAUAUUGAGUCACCAAGUAAUAAAUAUGAUAUAUCACCUGAGCAGGUGCCAGCGGUUGAAGUCUUCUCUUCUGAGGGUCCUGAUUGUGCUCAUGAACAUUCAAUUUUGGACCACGAGAGUUUUGAUGAACCCCGAGUUGUUGCGUCAGAUACUGCCACCGAGGUUGAUAAUGCAAAGCUCAACUCUGAUGCUACUAAGUGUGGCGAUUCUGAUGCACAGGGGCCGUCAUCUUCCAGCUCCGAGUAUUCUGCCGUGUCUUCAAUUGUAAACUCUCAUGCCUCGUAUACUACCACUCAGGAACCUUCCACAAGGACAAACAAUAAGUCUAUGGCACAACAUUUGAGGCCAAUUGUUGCGAAUGUCAAUCGCUCUCCUGUUUAUGGUAACGAGUCUGGCCAUGAUACUACUAGACAAGUGUGUGGCUUGAGUAAAGAAGUUGAAACUUUGAGUAAUAAGUCGAAGGAUCGAACUAAGACAAAUACUGAGCCUGUUGAACCAGCGUUUAUCAGACCUUCAUUGGACGAUAUAAAUAUUCCAAAAAGGGAACCUUCAAUCCAAGCCCAAAUUGAUAAGGUCGAAGAGGAAAAGGUAAACACUAGAGUUUUGGGUAACGAAAACAAUUCCAGCGGUAGUAUCAACGAAAAACUAGUCAGGAAGUCUGCACUUAAGGCUUCUAAGAACCUCACAGCUUACUCUUCUUCCCAAAAUAAUUCCGCCAAAGAUGCAUACCUUUCUUUGGAAACAGCUCAAAAUACCAAAUUGAAUGCAAAAUCCUCAUUGAUGAGCCCUACCACAUCCGCUGGUCAAACCAAUGCACGUUCUAGAUCAAGAGCAGGAUCAGCAGCAUCGAACCAUGCAUACCAAGGUGCUCAAAUUAAUACAGGUGCUGUUGGAGGAGCUCCGCUUGCAGCUGCAGCAGUUGCUACUAAAAGGCACACAGCUAAGCCUGGUUCAUCGAGUAAAACGCAGUCAAACCAAGCUGACAAGAAGUAUCAAAGAAACUCUAUGCUUCCUGUACCAAGUCAUCAGGGCUCGACGCAUGCCAAUGUGAAGCCACCGAAUCCAAAAGUUGAAGAAGCUAAAAGGAGGAUAUUGGGUAAUCGACAAAGCAAAAUACAAGCAAAAAAUCUGUAUGAGCUGGCAAAAACCAGAAAACACAUAGAUGCAGAAGAACUCCUGCGUUUUGAUGAUUUUAAUGCUCCCGUGAGGAAGUCUUCGUUUGAAAAAGUAACAAGUAGAGAGUCCCUGAGCGAGAGUGGACCACAAUCACCUAACAAAAAUCUCAAAAUGUCAGCUAUGUCCUUGCGUAGCAGUGGAAGUCCAAACUAUGAACAGUACGAGAGAACAAAAGUCACUGCUAGUUUCAAGUCCAGGUUUGCAGAUAACGAGUCUGACACAGAUGUUCCGCUUCAACCUCCCAGUGUGACACCCCGUGUUGUGGCUGAUAACAGCACAACUUCUUUGUCCAAUGUCGAAAUUGAUAAACCUUUGGGUGAAAAAAGUAAACCAAAUUUUAGGUUCAACUUGCUGGGAAAGAAAAAAGCAGCAGUUAGUUCAGAUGCAAGCCACAACUUACCUACACACUCCGUUAGAGAUAAUGUCGAAUCGAUAGGUAAUACCCGUAAAUCAUCAGGAUUCAGCUUUAGGGGACAUUCACGUAAAAAAUCUGAAACAAAAACUGAAACUUCCCCAAGAAAAGAGUCAAAAAUCGAAAAAUUCUUCACGGAGCAGCAUGGUCCUAACAAAAAGCAUGAAAUCCAUCCCCUAUCUAACGACUAUGAGAGAGCUAACGAGGUCGCAACGGAAGGUACCCCAAAAAAGAGUUUCUUCAAAAAGAUGUUUAAAUAG